UUAUCACAAGCGGAAGCUUGUGGCGGCCAGGACGCUUUUCUUGGCUGAACUGCUGCAGGCGCCGUUUCUGCCCUAGUACGCUGGCUAUUCAUGGAGCAGGGAAGCAGCUUGGAAAAAGAGCCUUUGUUGCCGCCUCCGCUGCCAGCGGCUGCCAAGCGUCACAGGCUCUACUCGGGCAGGGGCAGCGGAGACCUGGAGGAUGAUGGACACUGCUGCGUGUCCGCGGCCUCCUCGCCUCGUUCUGGCGGGCCUGUCAUUGAUGACCCUGACCUCUACUUCAACCAAGCUGUUGUAUUCAUUGAAGAUGCAAUUCAGUAUCGUUCUAUAAAUCAUCGUGUGGACUCUAACUCCUUGUGGCUUUAUCGGUGGUAUUAUUCAGAAGUUUGCCAAUGGAUUUUGAUUCUCACCAUUACACUAAUCCUGGCUCUUGCUUUCAUUGAAACACCUUCUUCACUUACUGUCACAUCAGAUGUUCGGUAUCGCUCAGAAGCUUGGAAGCCUCCUUGUGGCCUAACGGAAAGCAUUGAACUGCUUUGCUUCCUUGUCUUUAUAGUAGACGUCUCUGUAAAGAGCUAUUUAAUUGGAUGGGAAGAAUUUCGGAAAACCAAGUGGUUAAUGGCCUACAUCCUGGUCCUGCUCACCUCCCUUAUAGACUGGAGCAUUUCACUGAGUUCUUCCUGUCAUGAAAACCUGAGGAUAAGACGUAUCCUUCGACCUUUCUUCCUGCUCCAGAAUUCUUCAAUGAUGAAAAAAACACUAAAAAGCAUCAAGAGGACAUUGCCAGAAAUUACAAGUGUUAUGCUGCUCUUAGCUGUUCACCUGUUUCUCUUUACCAUGUUUGGCAUGUUGCUGUUUGCUCGGACAAAAGAUACCCAACAGGAUAAAGAGUGGCAAGGAUAUUUUCACAAUUUGACAGAUUCAUUAACUUCAUUGCUGGUGCUGUUGACAACUGCAAACAAUCCAGAUGUGAUGAUUCCUGCAUAUUCUAAGAAUCGAGCAUAUUGCAUCUUCUUUAUACUCUUCACUGUAAUAGGAAACUUAUUUCUGAUGAACUUGUUGACAGCAAUAAUAUACAAUCAAUUUCGGGGAUAUCUUUUGAAAUCGGUUCAGUCAUCGCUUUUCCGGAGACGCUUGGGAAUCCGGGCUGCCUUUGAAGUUCUUUGUUCUUUGAAAGAGACUACGAUCAAUAAAAAUAUCUUGAGUGUCCAAUCUGAAGCUCUUCUUCAAGUCCUUCAGAAAGUAAAAAUGGAUUCCUAUUGCAAAGAAGCAAUCAUUAGGAAGCUGGAAUCUUGUCCCCCAGGAGGGCUGUCAGCUACUCAGUUUCAGACACUGUUUGAUGAACUUGACAAGCAUAAAGUUAAAGAGCGUCCUCCCAAACCAGAUUAUCAGUCACCAUUCUUACAAGAAGUUCAGUUGAUCUUUGGCCAUCACUAUUUUGGGUAUUUAGGAAACGUUGUAGCACUAGCUAAUAUUUCCUGUGUAUGUGGAGUCAUGGUAAUAGAUGCAGAUAAGCCACCUGCUCUGCGAGAUGACUUUUUUUUAGGGGUUACAAACUGUUUCUUUAUUUUUUACUACCUUCUGGAAAUAUUGCUGAAAUUAGUGGCCUUGGGAUUAAAAAGAUAUUUAUCCUAUCCAAGCAACAUAUUUGAUGGACUUCUGACUUUGGUUCUGAUGGUUUUGGAGGUGUCCACAUUUGCUGUAUAUGGGUUUCCUCAUCCAGGCUGGAGACCCGAAAUGUUGGGCUUGCUAUCUCUAUGGGACAUGGUUCGUCUAGCAAAUAUGCUUAUUGUGUUCAGAUUUUUACGGAUCAUCCCAAACAUUACAUUCAUGUCUUUAGUUGCCAGUACACUUCUGGAUCUAGUGAAAAACAUAAGAACCUUUGCAGGAAUUUUGGUGGUGGCUUUCUAUGCAUUUGCAAUAAUUGGCAUGGAGCUGUUUGGAGGCGCCAUUACUCCCAUGGGCAAUGUCAGCUUUGUUAAUACAACUUUCAAGUGUGGCACUUUUGAACAACUGGAGUAUUGGCCAAACAACUUUGAUGAUUUUGCUGCAGCACUAGUGACUUUGUGGGAUGUGAUGGUUGUGAACAACUGGCAGGUUUUCUUGGAGGCAUAUUCCAGAUAUACAUCUCCCUGGUCAAAAUUGUACUUUGUCACCUGGUGGCUGACUUCCUCUGUCAUCUGGGUCAAUCUUUUUAUAGCCUUGCUUUUAGAGAAUUUUAUUCAUAAAUGGGAUCGUCGCUGCCAUAGGCCGUCUCUCUCAGAAGUUGAAUAUCAAAUGACAGUGGAACUCCUCUUCAGGGAUGUUUUAGAAGAACCAACGGAGGAAGAACUGAUUGCAAAACUUCACCAGCAUCCACAUAUGCAUCUAUAUAGAUGACAUCUAGCUGGAAGUGGCCAUCCAGCCUCAUCAUGCCUGCAUGCAGGAUUUAGAGCUAAAGAGAAGAUGACUCUUAUUUCUUUCUAGAAAGAGCGCUAAAAUCUUGAUUUUAUUUUUGAACGUUGCCUACAAUAGUGUGUUAAAGGACACUUGGGUUCACUUUAAACAUAUUUUUAAAAUCCUAAUUUGACUUCCUUUUAAGUUGAUUUAUGGAACAGAGAAUUAUGCUUUUAAGAAAGGGAAAUGGAUCAGUGAUACUGUACUUUAUAGCAAAUGUGGUGGAAAUAAAUAAUCAAGUCUGCUGGUCUGGUGAUAGAUAGUGCUACAGACAGUAGAAAAUGCAAACCACCUACAGGGGCAAACUUCCUUUAUUAAACUAUCUUUAGAUAGAUUUUUUACUCCAAAAGCAUUUUAUUAAAAUAAAUUUGAUAAAAAUUAAAAAAAAAACCUGAUUUAAAUUUUUAAAAAUCUGAUUUUUUAUAUAUUUUUUUAAAAAAAUCAUUGGUUUUUAUCCACCCUGGUAUGUUACAUUAAUGAUGUACCUAGCAGCUUUUGGGGACUUGAAUUCAUGACAUUAAGGUGCUUAAUGUUUUGUCUCCCUGUUCCUCUAAUUCCCUUCCUUAUCAUGAUCAGCUCUUAUAAUUUUGAGGCAAUCUAGACCAGGGAUGUCAAACUCACGUCGUCAUGGCAGUGUCACAUGACAUAUCAGGACUUUUCCCCCCUUUACUAAACCGGGCGUGGCCGUGGCCGGCGCAUGAUGCAUCCGGCCUGCGGGCUGUGAGUUUGACAGCCCUGAUCUAGACUAAGUCCAUUGUGUUACAACCCCUAUUUCUUGUUUGAGACUCAACUUUGCCUUGUUUUUCCUUUUUUGGUGAAGCCUAAUCUGUGUGUCAUUGGUGAAAUAAGUACUGGAGAGGAAAAGAGUUGAAAUAAUUGGCUUUUUCAUUAUUGCAGAGACUAGGUCUAUAUCUCAUACUUGGGUUCUUAGGUGAGUUUUGUAACUGUCCACAUGUAUUAUGGCAAAUGUUUUGUGUGUACUCCCCAGCCCAUUUUGCCAGAACAUCUCUGACACAUAGACAUUAUUCAAAAUGUACUCAUUGGCCAUAAAAUUUGGGCAACUAAUAAAAAUGCAACAUUGUUUCAUGUUAGUAAAAACAAAAUUAUAGAAAUUAAGUCCUUUAGUCCUUUUAAACGUAUCAGUAGCAAAUAUAUUUGUAUUGCCUAUCUUAUGAUUCCAUCAGGUGUUAUGUAAACCUCUAUCUGUGUGACUCCCUGCGAUUCCUAUGUCUUUGAUCUGAAAAGAUGAUGCAUCUAGUGACCCAAUUUAGUGAAUUACAAAGUUUCAAUUCUGUUAUUAAAUUAUUUCAUUCAUUCAGGGAUGCUAAAUAAAAUUAUCCUUCUACUUUCUGUCUAACAUCUGAAUUUUUUCAUCAGUGUUGAAAGGGAAAUUAUUUGACACUAAAGAAUGUGAUUAAAUAACUAUGAUCAUCUCAUAAUAUUUGGUUAAUUAAAAAUGCAUUGAAAUAUUAAUUAUCUUGCUUAGGCGAGGAAGAUAGUUGCCUAAUAUAUGCAUUGUUAUAAUAUAUAAUAUAUGCAUUGUUUCUCAACCUCAGCAACUUUAAGAUAUGCAGAAAUGCCUGAGUAAUUCUGGUAGCUGAAGUCCACACAUCUUAAAGUUGGUGAGGUUGAAAAACACUGACAUAUAUAAAGGCCAUAUUUUACUUAACCCAAUUUUCUGGGUCCAUACAACAUACUGAGCCAUUAAUUCAUCAGGUAGGCUGGUUCACAUAACAGUUUGCUUUAAAAUUGUGCAAGAGAUUUUGCAGUGAGAUGUUUUUGGCAUGAACUCUCAUAGACUGCAAAAUCACCGGUUUUGUACAUUCCAAGAAAUGUUGAGCUCAAAACAGCUCAAAUGUUGAGCCCAAAACAGCUCAGUUUCCAGAAGCCUCAAGACAAUUUUUUUUUGUUUUGAGGCUCCAAUUAUGGAGACAUUUGUGAAGUUUUAUGUUUGAAAUAGUUCAAAAGGAAAUCUCUGGCAUACUCUAGUCUAAGGCAAAAACUCUUAAGUCUUCUAGAAAUUGAAUGUUUCUUUUCUGGACCAUGCUGAUUUAGGGAUGCUCCAGUGAUUUUCCAAAAGUUAAUUCUUGGAACUGGAACCAGUUUGUGGUAUUCCAAACACGAUCCUGUCCUGUUCGAUGCAGAGCACCACAAAUCCGUUCUGGAAAAGUGUUGAACAUUACAUUUUGCAGUGGUAGAUUUUUUUAUAGCCCUAUUAGGCUAUAAUGUGAUUGCUAGUUUUUAGUUUAUUAUGUCAUACAAACACAGAUCAGUUUUGUAUUUUUGACCUAAAUAAAAGAGGAGGGGAUAGUUAAGAGAUAGCUGUAUUUAUCUCUAAGAAUUUCUUUCUGCCAAGUAAUUUGUUCCUUUAAAUUGCAAAGGUCAUUUUGGAUUUGCAGAGAAUGCACCAAUAUAUCCAGAUGGUUUUUGUUUCUUUUGAGAAAUGUUAAAUGGAGAACAAAUAUAGCAGCUACUGCUAGACAUUUUUUUAAAAAAGGUUUAGUUAUUCCCUACUUGCCUUAAUUAAAAAUUAAUUAAUAAUAAGUUAAGUACCCUGUUUUCCUCAAAAUAAGACAUCCCCUGAUAAUAAGCCCAAUCGGGCUUUUGAGUACAUGGCAAUAAGGCCAAGUGCUUAUUUCAGGGUUCAAAAAAAUAUAAAACAGGGACUUAUUUUGGGGGAAACAUGGUAAAUAUUAAAGUAGAAAGACAAUGUGUUCUAUGUCACACAAAAUAUGGAAGCUGAAAGACUGAUAUACCACUCUUGCAUCUAGGAAAAUAUUUAUGCACUAUAAAAAUAAAAACAUUACAUGAAGAGUUAUUAUUGAUCAAUAGCCAUUUCAUUUGCUAUGAUCUGCAUUUCUGAUCUGCAUUCCUUCGGAUAUAUUUUCUUUGUCGAUAGAGCUCCUAUUUUCAAAAGAAAAUCCUUUCUUUACUAUA